CGUUGCUGAAAGCCAAAGCCAAAAUCAACUCGACCGUUACGUACGAAGCACGAAAAUCGAAAACCACCACUACCAAGCGACCGAGGAUGAUGACCCACUUUUCGGAAUUUUCGCAUUAAGAAAUAGCAAUCUUGGUGUUAGGUUCAGAAAGAGUUUAGCUUUAAAACAAAAGUGUAAAUAUUUGUGUACAUAUAAAAAGUGAAGCUUUAUAAUUAAUAUCAGUUUAAUAAGCUAACAUAAAAAAUAAAAGCAAAUGAAGCAGAGGCAAAACGACAGAAGAUGCAAUAGAGGAAAAUCCGCAGGCAGAAAAAAUCGCUCUAUACUACAAAGUCACCCCUGAACUCCGCAAUCCAGCGUAGCAGUAGGCGUAACAGCAAAAGAUGUGGAGCGUCGUUGGAGCACCAGCGGAGCGCUAGCAGAGGCUAUACAGAAAACUGCUGGCACGAAGUUGAAUAAAUAUCGGUCACAAUGCUGCUUUCAUGGUUGCGCGAGUGAAAAUGUGCUAAAAAUGUGCUUCAUGCAAAAUAUUGAAUGAAAUGGGUUAGAAGUGUAAAAAAUUAUUUAGUUAGAAGAAAAGUGUAGCAAUUGCGUAAAAAUAAGUAUCCGACGAUGUUGACGAUUAACGUGGAAAAAUAUUAUAGAAAUAUGAGUUAUUAGCUCUGAAUGAAUAAAUACAUAGAUACGUAUUCAAAGAAGGUGUGAAAAUUGUAAAACAUAUAUUUAUAUAUAUCUGUAUUUAUACCCAUUGAAAUGCAUUUAUGAAAAAUAUCUAUAUUCCUCCGAAAUGCAAAUGUAAAGGAGUCAAAUUAGCACCACAAAUCCACGAAGUACAUAUAAUAAAAUAGCGAAAAAAAUUACAUACAUACAUAUGUAUGUACGUAUGUACAUAUGUUCUAAUUUGGAGUACCACUCAUUCGUGUAUAAUUGUAAUAAAGGAACAAAUAAUAAUAAUAAUAAUAAUAGUGCAAACGUGCAAGUAUGUUAGGAGUGGGUGCGAAGGAGGUUUAAACUUUCCAACGCCAAAAAAGCAUAUCCACACGCUAACGUGCAGGAAGUGGAAGUGAAGGGUCAGCAGGUGGCACAUUUUAAAGAGGGACAAAUACAAGCACAUAUUGUACAUCCAAGCAAACGAGAGCGCAAGGAGCCGUGCAGCUGGAUGAUAAGCACGUAAGCGACGGCAAAGGCAUUCUACUUGAUUGCGUUGACGUUCGCAAGCUCACACAAUCACACAGGCCAACACGCUCGCAAUCACAUUUUAUCAUUGCAAGCGCUCGUACACCAUCGGCUUCGCCGUUAUAGUAUUGGUCCUGGUGUAAUAUAUUGCUGCUUGUUAAAGCAAAUCGCAUAAAUGAUUUCAUACGACCAGCAACGGAUGGGGCAACAACAAAAACAUCAACCGAAUUUACGGCAACAGAACAAAAGGACCAGCAAUAACAACCACAAUAUAUAUAACUAAAAAAAAAGCAAAACGUAACAACCGCAAAGUCGUAAAAAUCAAAAGCGAAGCGCUUUAAAAUGCCGUACGAGUCCAUACACCAUCAUCAGUCAUCAGCGCCCAACGGCAUGUUGGACUCAUUGAGUUUGCAGCUCCGUGAUGCGGAGAUGCGCCGCACUGAAAUUGAGCGUGCACACCAGGAAACGUUGGCACAAAUACGCAAUAUGUCGAGCAGCAGUCGCCCGGACACAGAAGCUGUUGAGAAUCUGCAGUCGCGCGCGCGUGAACUUGAGAAAAAAGUCGCUUUGGAAAAUGUACGCUGCGAGGAAUUGCAAAUUGAAUUAACAUCCGCAUUGAAGGCGAAGGCUGCGCGAUCAGGCGGUAGCGACCGAAGCAACUAUGGCGGUAUUUCAGCAUCAAGCGCAAGUGCUUCUUCAGCGGCCGCCAUAUCGGGCACAAGUUCCACUGUCACGUGGGCACCGACAAUCAGUCAUCAGGAUCAAGGCUCUGAAAUCGAUAUAAUUAUGGCGAAAAUUGAACAGGAUAAUCGCGUAUUGGCCGAGCUGGAGCAACCCCGUACAUCGGCCAAGGGCAUGUCUUCGAUGCCAACAAGUUCCAUAUUGAAUAACACAAAUAGUGAAUUUCAAACCAUAUCAAAAAGCGAAUUAGAAGAAGAGUUGAACCGUUAUAAGCGAGCAGUGUUGGGCGGCACAAGCGGCACCGCCGUCGGUAGUUCGGCGCUCACCAGCAGCUAUGGUACCGCAGCCACCACCGGUGCUGGUGGCCUACCAUCAUCGCUUACCUCCACACUGCCGAAUGGCGCUAGCGCCAUGUCAGCCGCAUUAGUUGGUAGUGGAGGCAGUGGCGGUGUUGGUGUUGGCGUUGGCGUUAGUGGGGGUGGUAGUGGCGGCAGUGGUCCAGGCGGUGGCAGCGGCGGCGGUGGUGUUAUGGGCCUCUCAUCUAUAUCAGCGCUGGUGCCCAACUCCAUUGGCGGCAUACCGUCGAGUUUGAGCAGUCAUGCCAUACAAUCGAUGAACACGGCCGCGUCCGCCUAUGGCGCUGGUCCCACGUCCGUUGAGAAACUGCUAAGCGGAACAAGUGGAAUCGCUGGCGGCAUUCCACCAUUGCCGGUAAAUAUUCAUACGAUGAAGUCUAUGCCAUCAGCAUUAAGUCAGCGUGGCACAAUACAACUGUAUAAUUUACAGAGCACAACCAUGCCCAUCUUGUCGUUGAAUGCCCAUAACAUACCGACCGGUACGAGCAGUUACUCUGCACUGGGGCUAAGUGGUGCCGGCACUGUUGGAGUGCCGCCACUGGGCUCGUCGCUGACACAUCCCGCCUUGGGUAAUAUGCUCGAUACGAGUACCCUGCUAGGCACUACUGCUUUGUCGGGUUUGAGCGGAGUGGGGGGCGCUUCUUCGUUGUAUGGAUUGGGCGCUGGUCCCGGCAUUGGUGGUUUAAGUGGUCUUACCAGUGGUCUACCUAAUUCUUAUAUCCCACCCUUCAUUGACGUGGGUUCAAGCACCUCAUAUCCCUACUCGUCGGCUGCUCUGCGUACUGCUACGAAAAUGAAAAUGCUCGAUGAGAUUGAUAUACCGUUGACACGUUAUGGAAAUCGCAGCUCGCCGUGCUCACCGAUACCUCCCAGCACGUGGGGACUCGAUGAGUUCACUGAUAGUUUGAGUGCUUCAAUGUUACAUAAUCGUGGCAAUUUGGCAUUGGGGGCAUUGGAUUUGGAAACGCGAAAUCAUAAUUUAAAUGGUGUUAGUGAACCACAAGUAGACAUGUUGGACAUACCGGGCAAGGGACGGUGCUGCGUCUUCAUAGCGCGUUUUCCAUAUGAUCCACCAGAGGAAGCUGAAGGUGAAUUAUCGCUUUGCGCUGGAGAUUAUUUACUCGUUUGGACGAGCGGCGAACCACAAGGCGGCUAUUUAGAUGCCGAAUUGCUAGAUGGUCGGCGAGGUCUAGUGCCUGCCUCGUUUGUGCAACGUUUGAUUGGUGAUGAUCUUUUGGAAUUCCAUCAAGCUGUACUGUCGACAUUGCGUGACGCCGAGGAUGGUUCUAUGCAAUGUGACACUACUUCGUUGCCCUCGCUGCCCCCUCACAACCCUUUGCUCACACACACCCAGGAGGACUUGGCACGUUUGAGUGAGACGCACACAGAUUUGGAACACGAUCAAGAUGACAUAAGUGAUAAUGUUCCUGCACCGAAGCACUUAACGUUGGAGCGCCAGCUAAAUAAAAGUGUGCUUAUCGGUUGGUCACCACCAGAACCAGUAGGCUAUAAUCUCAUUGACAGCUAUCAUGUCUAUGUUGACGGCGUCCUGAAAGUAACGGUAAAGGCUAAUGAGCGGACACGAGCGCUUAUAGAGGGCGUAGACUCAAACAGGCCACAUCGUAUUAGCGUGCGUAGUGUUACACAGAAUCGACAGACAUCACGCGAUGCAGCAUGUACAAUGAUUAUUGGACGCGACACCUCGCAUUUAGGACCUUCAGCGGUGCGAGCUUCGCACAUUACGUGUUCAUCGGCGGUCAUAUCAUGGUUACCGGCCAACUCAAAUCAUCAGCAUGUGGUGUGCGUGAAUAAUGUAGAAGUGCGUACGGUCAAACCGGGUGUCUAUCGUCACACCAUUACCGGGCUGGCCCCGAGCACACAGUAUCGAGUCACAGUGCGGGCUAAACACUUGCGAGCAGCGGGUGGUCAACCUACACCGGGACGUCCGCAGGAGGAAGCACCGGGUGCGUAUGCUGAUUUCCGUACGUUGACUAAGGGCUUGCCUGACCCGCCACAGGAUAUCCAACUUGAGGCUGGUCCUCAAGAUGGUACCAUUUUGGUGACAUGGCAGCCGGUUAACCGGCCAACAUCUUCUGGCCCCGUAACCGGCUAUGCUGUGUACGCCGAUGGUAAGAAAGUAACAGACAUUAACUCACCAACUGGGGAUCAUGCGCUCAUUGAUAUCGGCAAACUGGGCGUAUUCAAUCCACGUGCAGUCACCAUACGCACCAAAUCGCGAGAUGCGCAAUCAGCCGAUAGCGCACCCAUACUAAUACCAAAUACUGUGCGCAGUGCAGUAGGUCGUCGAGGGCCUCAACAAAUGGGCAUGGGUCCGCAACAAAUGCAACCCGGUGCCCAUGGCAUGCCCGGUCAAAUGAACAUGUCCGGCCAACCGCUUCAGCAGCAGCAACAUAUGAUGGGCCAGGAUCCGAAUCAAUAUGACCCAAAUCAACAAAUGCAACAUGGACAACAACAACAAACCGGACAACAACAAGGGCAGCCAGGACAACAGCCUGACGGAAGCCAUGGCUUAUUAGGUGGGCUGCUCGGUGGCCUCUUCUCAAAACCCACUACUCAGAGUCAAGUGAAUCAGAAUAUCAAUGGCUAUCAGCCGGGUACGGGGCAGCGGCCCAUGAUGCAGGGCCGACCACCUGGUGCUCAGAUGAUGGGUGGUCAACAACUUGGUCAGCAGCCUUAUGGUCCACAAGGGCAAAUGGGUGCACAACAACGUUUCCCAAGCCAACGUGGACCCGCUCCGGGGCAAAUGCAUGGGCAGAUGCCCGGGCAAUUGCAGGGGCAGAUGCAAGGUCAAGGCCAAAUGCCUGGGCAAAUGCAGGGUCAAAUAGCCGGCCAGAUGCAGGGUCAAAUGCCCCUACAAAUGCAAGGUCAAAUGGCCGGACAAAUGCAAGGUGCUAUGGGUCCUCGAGGCCCACUAAAUCCACAACAACAAAUGCAGCAUCAGCAACAGCAACAUCAGCAGCAGCAACAACAGCAACAACAACAGGGACAAAUGGGUAUCGGCCCCGGACAACAACCAUUAAAUCAACAACAACAGUUGACGGCACAAAAGAAACCACGUUAUUUCGUCGCUAUGUUCGACUAUGACCCAAGCACAAUGAGUCCAAAUCCAGAUGGAUGCGACGAAGAACUGCCAUUCCAAGAAGGUGACACAAUCAAGGUUUAUGGCGACAAAGACGCCGAUGGCUUUUAUUGGGGUGAGCUGCGCGGGCGUCGUGGCUAUGUACCGCACAAUAUGGUAACGGAAGUGGAUGAUGGUACCGGUGGCAUGGUCCCAAUGCCGGGCGGACCUCCGCAGCCUGGUGGUCCGGGUCAAGUGAUGCCCGGACAGGGUGGGCCCCAACAAAGUAUGCGUAAUGUAAGUCGCGACCGUUGGGGUGAUAUCUAUGCAAACAUGCCGGUGAAACGUAUGAUCGCGCUGUAUGAUUAUGAUCCGCAAGAGCUGAGUCCGAAUGUGGACGCGGAACAGGUGGAAUUGAGCUUCAAAACGGGUGAGGUAAUACUCGUUUAUGGUGAUAUGGAUGAAGAUGGUUUCUAUAUGGGUGAACUGGACGGUAUACGUGGUCUUGUGCCGUCAAAUUUCCUCGCCGAAGCACCCGAUCAGUACAAUAAUCAAAUGGGACCAGCAGGACGUGGUGGCCUAAGUCAACGGGGUAGAGGACAAGGCCCUGGUGCCAGAGGGCCUCCGCCACCGCCCAGAGAUAACAUGAUGCCCGGCAUGACUGGGCAACGUGGUUCCAUAGGCAAAAUUGAAGAUGCUCGCCCUGCUUCCCCUACACUGUUAGACAACACGGGCCUCCCUGCCCCCGAUCACCAAACGCAGGGGAUGAUCGGUCGCGGUGGUAAUGUUGGUAUGCAACAACAACUUCAACAACAACAACCAUAUGGUCAGCAACAGGCACAGCAGCAGCAACAACAGCAGGGCAUAAUGGGGCAACAACAGCAGGGCAUGAUGGGGCAACAACAACAACAGCCGAUGGGAGGACAAAUGAGCCAAAUGAACGCUAUGGGUCAGAUGGGGCAGAUGACGCCACAACAGCAACAGCAACAGCAGCAACAACAACAACAACAACAACAGCAGCAGCAACAGCAACAACAAAUGGGUAUGGGCGGGCAGAUGGGACAAAUGGGCCAAAUGGGUGCGAUGGGGCAGCAACAGCAGCCCGGCAUGAUGGGCGGCCAACAACAAAUGGGCAUGGGCGGUAUGGCGGGACAACAACAACAACAACAGCCGCCCGUAACGACACAGUCAUCUGGUGGUCUAUUUUCCGGUGCUACAAGCCUACUCUCAGGUGCUACUUCGGCUGCCACCGGUGGUCUAUUUGGUUCGAAACAACCACCGAAACAAGAUCCAAUGCAACCACCAAUCGGUGUGCAGCCAAUGCAGCCAGGCCAACAACAGCCACCGCCGCAAGGACAACAGCCUCCGCCACAGGGUCAGGGACCAGGGGCGGGGCUGUUGGGCGGACUAAAAGGUAUUGCAGCGGCGGCGCCCGGUGGGGAUGUGCUUUCAAAAGGCAAAGAUCUCUUCGGAAAAUUCGGAUUCGGCUUUGGCAAAUAACCCCGGUCAUUUUGUAGGACAUUUCUAUUUAUAUUGUAUCUAAAUUUAUAUUUAUUAUUAACUAAAAGACGAAUACAACAAAAAUCACUACUA